UAUUUUAAAUUAAAAUUAUUAUAUGACAAUAGUGAAACAAAUGAAAUUGAAUUUCAAUAUCUCUAUGAGGAAAUAUCGAAAAUUGAAAAUAAUAAUCAAAAUUUAAUGAAACUUGCUUUUUUUACUAUAAAAAAUAAUACAAUAAAUAGAGAAGUGAAUUAUUCAUGUUUAUCAUUGAAUAAUCAAUUUUAUAAACUUGAAAUUAGAGGAAAAAUUAUAAAAUUUGAUGAUAUUUUUAAAAAAAAUUAUUGUUCAGGAAAAGUGAAAAUCAUUCAAUUAUUUGCAUGGGAAAAAAUUAUUAUUGAUCGAGAUUUAAUAAAAAUAGGAGAAGAAUUGCAAUUGAAUAUAAUUGGUCCAAUUUGGGAAAUUGUUUUUCAAAGAAUUAUAAAUUUGGACGGUGCUACUGCUAAUAAUUGGAAAAUUCACAAUUCUAAAAAUGGAAAUAACGAUGGUCUACCUGGAUUACCUGGUGGGCCUGGAGGAAUAUUUUUUGGAAUCUAUGAGAAGCUUAUUGGGGGAAAAAAUUUAAUUAUUUCAAGUAAUGGUGGUAAUGGGAGCGAUGGUAAAAAUGGUAAAAAAGGAACUGGACCAUUAAAUCCACCUGGUAAUGGUGGUAAAGGUGGAAUACGUGGUAAUCACGGUUUAAUAGAAUUGUUUUCAAUAAAAAAUGAUUCCUCUAUUUUUGAUAUAAAAAUAUCAUUACUAAAUGGUAUUAAUGGUGAUUAUGGUACUGGUGGAAUUUUUCUAGAUGAAAAGAAUUUACUUUAUGGAAAAAGUGAUUACAAUAAAAUAGAAUAUCAUCAACCAAGAAAAGCAAUUGUUAUUGAAAAUUUUGUUGAAAUUAUUAAAAGCUAUAGAAAAUAUCUUAUAUCAAGUGCUUUAAAUAAAAAAAGUUUAGAUUUUUACAAAAAACUAAAUCAAAAUCAAAAUAUUUUAAAUAAAUUUAAAUUAUUUGAUUUUAUUCAAGAUUUGAUAAUGUUAGAAAAAUAUUAUUCAAUGAAUAUGAAUAAAUCGUUAUCAUUGGAAUUAUUAAAAUCAUGGCAUUAUGGAAUUCAUGAAUAUUAUUUCAAAAAUAAGAAACAAAGUGAUAAAUAUACAAAAGUAUUUUCAACUCUCGAUACAAUUGUUAAAAGGAAAAUACAAAAAUUAGAAGAAAAAUUUUACUAUCAUUCAAUAUUGAAAAUUGAUAUUUAUCUUGAGGAGUGUUUAGAAGAGAGUAAAAAAUUACAAGAUGCAAAUAUUCUUUUAAAUAUAAAAACAAUAAAUGGAAAAUUUAAAUUUGAAUUUGAAAAUGAAAUAAAAAAAGCAAAAAAAAUUGAAAAUGAUUUAAAAAUUUAUUUAGAGAAAAAAAAUUAUGAAUUACAAAUUAAUAUUAAAAAAAUAGUCGAUGAAGUCAAUGAUAUAAUAGAAUUAAAGAAAAAUGAAAUUGAAAAAUUAAAAGAAACAAGAAUAGAACUUAAAAAUAAAUUAAUAACAAGAUCAAUAUUUGGUUGUGUUCAAUUUAUAUUAUUAGCCAUAUCAUUUAUAGAUCCUGUUUGUGCAAUUGUUGGUUCUUUAUUAAGAGUUGGUUCAUUUGUUGCCGAAUCAGAAAUUUUAGAUUCAAAACGUAAUCAAAAUAUAGAAAUUAAAUUACCAAAACCAGUUUUAAAUUCAAUGAAAAAGACAUUUCAAUCAUAUGAUGAAAAUAAUAAACAAGAAUUAAUGGUUCUUGAAAAAAAAUUGAAUCAAAUAGAAAUUAAAAAAAAUGAAUUAAUUGAAGCUGGUGAAAAUGCACAACCAUUAAUAGAAGCUGGUAUUAAAAUAAAGGAAUAUUUUUUUAAUAAAAAAUCUAAAACAUCACCAAGUCCAAUGAAACGUAUGAAAAAUAUUUUACAACAAAUUAAUGAAAAAUGGUCAAUGAAAAAUGUUAUUGAAAAAAAAAAUACUGAAAAAUCAUUGAAAUUUUUACAAAAUUCUAUUGAAAUGGAUCCUGAAAGUAUUGUUGAUUUAGGUAAAGAGACAUAUGAAAAAAUAACCAAUGAUUUAUCUGAAAUAAAUCAAAUUAAUCGAAUUAUUGAACAACAACCAAAUGAUAUAAAAAAAUUACAAGAAUUUAAAGAUGAAAUUUUUCAACAUUUAGAACCACAAAUUCAACAAAUACGAGAAAAAAUUCAAAUAAAAUCAUCUAAAUUUGCAAUUUCAUCAAUAACAUAUCUUGAAUUUGAAAAAUGGCAAAUGGAUAAAUAUUUAAUUGAUAUAUCAUCGAAAUUAAAAAUAUGGACAGAAACAUUUAAAGUUGAAGAAUCAGUUAAUGAUAUAAUGAUAAAAUUGAAAAAUACAAUAAAUACAAUUAUUCGUCUUCAUAUUCUCAUAAGGGAAUUUCAAUUGAAAAUAAAAAAUGCUAACUAUAUGGAAAAUAUUGCCAGUGCACCAUUUCAACUUAUCAAUAUAAAAGAUGAAAAAUUAAGAAAAUAUUUGACAAAAUUAUUAUAUACACAUUAUGCAAAUGAUAUAAUUGAUGAAUAUAAAAAAUUGACAAUUGCCUUUAAACAAUAUACAUUUCCAUUUAUUGAGGAAUAUCCCGAUAUUAUUGAAUCGUCAUUUACAAUUUCAAGUGAUCCAUUGAUAAGGGCAAAUUAUAUUAUUGAAAAAAUGAAAUUUCUUAAAUCACAUUUAAUAAAAAAGAAAGCACAUGGUCAAUUAUUGAAAUAUACAUCGACUGCACAUUUUGGAAAUGAAUUUUUUUCAUUUUAUAGUUGGAAAAAUAAAUCUGAUAUUAAAAAUAUACUUAAUGGAAAAGAAGUUAAAUUAUUUGCAAAUAUUUCAUAUGAAAAUAAUUAUUAUUUGAGUGGUGUUAAAUUUAGAGAUGUGAAUAUUUUAUUUAUCUCAAAUAAUUUGACAAUAAAUAAUAAUAUAAAAAAUGAUUUAAAUGGAUUUUCGGUAACAUUAACACACAAUGGAGAUUCAUAUUAUAGAUGUAAUGAGAAUGUUUAUUUAAUUGAAUCCGGUGUAUUUGAAUUUGAAAAUAAAUUUUUUCUCUCAACAAAAAGAAGAAAAAGAAAUUUUGAAUUAGAUUAUGUUUUGAGUCCAUUUGCAACAUGGACAAUACGUCUUAAUAAUAAAAAUAAUAAUUUUACCAUAAUGUCUAAAUAUGUAAAUGAUGUAACUAUAGAAAUUGUCGGUGAGGGACAAUAUAUGAAUUCAGAUGUCAAUGUUUGUAAAAAUAAUUUAACAAAAUAUUACGGAAAGAAAUAUGAUUUUUAAUAAUUUUUUUUUUUUU